ACCACACGUAGGAGGGCGUAUGGCCUGGUGGCCCAGGCGUACACCUCCAUCACGGCAGAAGACUUUGCAGCCUUUGUGGGCUACUCUGUGGAGGAAGCUGUGAAGGGUAAGCAGCUGGAGUGCAGAAAACCUAAUCUACCCUCACUACUCACCUGGCUACUGGAUCAAUAACACAGUCAUAUACCAUAGUUAUGUAUAUCCUUAAACUCAUUUUUAUCAGUAGAGGCAGAGAAAGGUAAAUUGUUCAUGUAGGCAAGGCUAAAGCUGGUUAAUUGUCACAUAUUUCUUUUCUAGAGUUGAAACACCGGAAAAUAGUCUCUAACUAUUCCCUUUUCCCCUCUCUGUCCGUUUCGUUUCCCCUCCUAUUCUCCACCCAACCCUCCUCACUCUCUUCGGUUUCUUUCUCUCCCUUCCACAGGGGUGGUGAGCCAGGGCUGGCAGGCGGACCCUGCCACCAGGAUGGUAAUGCCCCAGAAACCAGGUAGGUGGAGCUGUUGCUCUUCUCUUUUCUCCCAUCAGUAGGCUGUUUGUCAUGCCGAGUCUCUUUUCCCAACUUUGCCCAAUCACGACCUCUUCCUGUGCUAAUAGCACAUUCUACCAGACUGUCAUUCCCCCUAUGCUCCAUUUAACCAUAUGCCCAUUCAGUGUGUGUGUGUGUGUGUGUGUGUGUGUGUGUGUGCGUAUGAACCCGAUCCAGAGCUGUGCAUUUUUGGGUCAUUCAUAAUCAGCUCAGACACUGACUCCACUCCUCCUCAUCGCCUUUCACUUUCCCUCCUCUCUGUCUUUCUCCUGUAUUCGUGGCCUCUAAUUUAUUUUUCUCACAUUUUCUCCCUCAUAUUGCUGUUCUUUCCUUUGGCUGGCCUGUAAGACAUUCUGUCCCUGUGUAACUGGGAAAACACAUGUCCCAUAAAAGAGCAACAUCAAAUAUCCCUCUCUUUCUCACACACCAUGUGUGUGAGAAAUAUCCCCACUCCCACUCGUUCUUUCUCCUGUGUUCUUUCAUUCACCCACGCUCAAUCGUUGUUCCUAUCCCUGUUCUCCUCCCUUCCCUUCCUUCCUCUUCCCCCCCUACUUCUCCAUCCAAUCAUAACUGUCUACAAGCCCAGUGGGUGGCUUGUUGAUCAGCCUGGUUUGAGAUGUAUUUAUUUAUGCAAACAUUUUGUGGGCUGUGUCUGGGGCCAUGUAACAGCCUCUCUCUCUAAUCAGCAGGCCAUCAUGUUAAGCAUCUGUGGCGCAUAUGUCCGUCUGACUCGAUGCAUCAGCCCCUCGAUUUAUCCUCUUACACCUACACUGAACAAAACUAUAAAUCCAACAUGUAACAAUUUCAGCCAUGGGUGGGCCUGGCAGGGCAUAGGCCUACCCACUUGGGAGCCAGGCCCAGCCAAUCCAAAUUGGUUUUUGCCCACAAAAGGGCUUUAGAAUAGACAUAAAUAAUGUAUUGGCUGUGCAUGGGAAGCAAAACUUCUGGGGUGUAUUCAUUUGUGCACACUAGCAAACAGUAUCAAAACGAGAAAGAUCAUUCACGUCCAGAUGUGCAACUUAUGUGUCACCAGCAUUGCAGUGAAAAGAGAUGUACUGUGCUGCUUAAUCUUUGAAUUGGAGCAUGUCCCCUUUCUUCUAACCUCCUACACACACACACACACACACACACACACACACAGAUGGGGGAUGCUACAUUGUAAAAGACUUGGCUCUAUGAGGAAUCCCCCUCUUACUCACUCUCUCCUCUCUCUCUCUCCCCCUCUCUCUCCCCCAAACAGAUCUUCCCCCUGUCUCGCUGGUUCCAAACGAGCAGCAGCUGGCCAGACUCACUGACUACGUGGCUUUCCUUGAGAAC